AUGCCAAAAUCGAAGGCAUGGUCCAAGAUCUCAUUGCAGUAUAAUACUGUUCUGUCUAUAUUCUUCAUUCCCUACGUCGUGCUGGAAGUCCCCAGUAACAUCCUUCUCAAAAGGUUCAAGCGUCCUUCGGUGUACCUUGGACUUCUUGUCUCGGCCUGGGGUAUUGUCAUGACAUGCACGGGUCUGGUCCAAAACUUUGCUGGUCUUAUGACCACUCGAGUCCUACUUGGUGCUCUUGAGGCUGGUUUCUUCCCUGGUGCUAUUUAUCUUUGCUCCUACUGGUACAUGCCUAGGGAAUUGGCGCUUCGUAUUUCAUAUUUCUACUGUGCCAGUGCGCUCUCCGGUGCGUUCUCCGGCCUGUUGGCUGCCGCUAUUGCCAAGAUGGACGGUAUUGCUGGACUUAAGGGGUGGCGGUGGAUCUUCAUUCUGGAAGGUCUUGCUAGUGUGGUACUAGGUGUUGCCUGUUUCUUUCUUCUCAUCGACACCCCGGCUCUAGCCAAGCGCUGGCUGUCCCCUGAAGAAAUUCGCUACCUGGAGCUUUCAAUGUUCGUCAAGCAAGGAGGAACUAGUACCGGGGAGUCGGGUUUCAAGUGGAGAGACCUCAAGGUGGUCCUGAUGAACUGGAGGAUAUACGUGCAAGCCUACCUUUUAUUCUGCCAAUCGGCCUUGUCUUACGGUACCAAGUUCACCCUCCCGACUAUCACCAGAGCCAUGGGAUUCAGCUCCACAAAUGCCCAGCUCACUUCUGCCCCUCCAUACAUUGCCGGCGCGAUAUCUGCCAUCGUGUUUGCACGGUUGUCCGAUCGCUUCUAUUGGCGAAUGCCAUUUGUCUGCAUCCCCAUGAUAUUUAUCGUGGUAGCCUAUUCUAUUAUCCUCUCCCUGAAUGGGGCGCUGGAAGCAAAGAAAGGAGUGGCCUACUUUGCAGUCGUCUUGUCUGUCAUAGGUAUUUAUCCUAUUCAGCCAGGAGCUGCGUCUUGGAAUGCAAACAACAUCGCUCCAGCGUCUCGACGGGCUAUGGGCAUCGCGCUAGUGAACUGUGUCGGCAAUGUCGGUGGCAUACUGGGUAGCUUCAUGUAUAUCGAGAAAGAGAGCCCCAAGUACACCACUGGAUUUGGUCUCAGUUUGGCACUCGGUGGGGUUGGAUUCUUGGUGGCUUUGUUCCUCGAAUGGACAUACAAGAUGGGCAAUGCAAAGAAGGCAAGGAUUGCAGAUGAUGCGAGAGUUAACUACACGGAGGAAGAAUUGUUUGAUAUGGGAGACAAGUCGCCCCUAUUCAAGUAUGUUUUGUAA